UUUUAUGACCUUGAGCAUUGUCCUAAUACAACUGUGUACGUUACUUUGCUACCUAGGUUACACGCAAUGGACAAGCCGCAAAUGAUAGCACAUAUAACUAAGUCUGUCGACUUCACGCUUUUCGAUUGUAAAUGGAUUCCAGUUAGUGCCAAGUUUGUAGUUGUUGGUUCAAAGCCUAGAGGAACUGGCGCUAUUCAAAUAUACGAUGUCUCUGCGAAAGAUAUUCAACUGGUAUCCGAAAGUGAAAAAAGUAGCUCUUUCAAAUGUUGUACAUUUGGUGCAUCCAUGCUCCCCCAAAGACAUUUAGCCACUGGAGCGUUUAACGGAAGACUAGCAAUAUGGGAUAUCAGUAGUGAUGGACGCCUUGAUAAUCCAAUUUACGGCGUUCAAGCGCAUAAAGAGAUAAUAAAUACGAUAGACGGUGUUGGAGGACUUGGAGUUGGUGAAGGGGCUCCAGAAAUUGCCACAGGUAGUAGAGAUGGUGUAGUCAAGGUGUGGGAUCCAAGACAAGCUAAACUCCCAGUAGCAACUAUGGAACCUGUUUCAUCUGAUGGUAGAGAAAACUCAGUUACUGAAAAUAGACGGGAUUGCUGGACUGUUGCAUUUGGCCACGCAUAUAAUAAACACGAUAGAUGCCUUACUGCAGGUUAUGAUAAUGGUGAUAUAAAGUUAUUUGAUUUACGAGCCAUGAAGGUCCGUUGGGAGACGAACAUAAAGAACGGUGUCUGUUGUCUACAGUUUGAUAGGAAAGAUAUAUCUAUGAAUAAACUAGUCGCGACUACAUUAGAAGGAAAAAUACAUGUAUGGGAUAUGCGAACACAACAUCCGAAGAAAGGGUUUGCAUCAUUAGUCGAAAAAAAUCAAGGUGCUACUAUUUGGCAGGUAAGCCAUCUUCCGCAGCAACGUGAUAUAUUUAUGACUGCUGGUGGGAAUGGAUCCUUAUGCUUAUGGCAGUACCAUUAUCCCAGCAAACGUCAGAAGAUAGUGAAGGAAGCAGAUCCAGAGGGGAAUGGCGAUAUCGAAGUCUCACAAGGUGUAAUCGGUCACUUAACUCAGCUUCAGAAUGUCACCUUGUCCACUCAACCAAUAUGCAGCAUAGAUUGGUGCCCAGACAAACUAGGAUUGGCAGUUUGUGUUGCAUUCGACCAAGCAAUCAGGAUCCUAAUUGUUACAAAACUAAAUAAACUCUAGAUAAACUGUUCUAAAGUUAUAACGUAAGCUGUAAAAUAGCAUGUAUAUAUUGAGGUUAUAUUAUCGUAAUUUGAAAAUUACUCCACUUUCUUGUACUCUACCCUUAGAAUUACAUUAAUUAUUACAGGGAUAAACUGAAGAUGCCAAAUGUUCCGUGAACUCAUCCACCACGCUGAAGUUCAUGAAACAGGUUGCAAUUAAACAGUAUUUCCUAAAACUUAGUCACAUUGUUCAACUAGUCAAGUAAAAUCACUUAGUAAGUUUCCAUCUAUUAUCUGCUGGUAGAAGCAUAAAUCACAACACUUAUCGCGCAAUAAACUGGAAUGCUUGACCAUUAAAAAAGACUAUAUUCGCUCCAUGUAGUCCAGCAAUUACUAACUUCUGAUGCAAAUAAUCUAGUUCAUUCCUAACUCUCCAGCCAUAUGAAUAAAAAACUAGUUCCUAACCAAUAGGGAGCUGUACUUUUCACCUUGUGGUCGCCAGUUUUGUAGACCUGGAGUCUUCCAAUAAGGGGUUUCCGAAACCGUAUCGUUCCUGAUAGUGUAUACUAGGGACUAAACUGAGAGGUUCCUUAACCACAAUUACCGUAACUCAUACGACUUUAUUAAGACAAUGCUUGCAUACCAUAAGCGCCACUAAUUUUUGUAUAUGGGAUAUUUUAUUGGAGCAUUAGUUUAGGAAUGGUUUAUAUGCUUAAAAAAAAUGAUAAUACUUUUUGACUCCCCAAUGUUUAUGACCUAGAAUGUAUUUCCAAACAUUCAUGCGCUUUGUAAACAUGAAAAUAAGAAACAGUGUGAUCUUUGUAAGUGUUUAGGGCAGAUAGUGAGUUUUUAAGUAGAAGUUUUGCCAAAUGUUUUGGGAAUGACAAAUAUCCCUGAUCGUGACUUUCACAUUAUCCACCGCAUUAAUGUAAAUAUAUAUUAAACAAUGUUUAUGAAAAUCAAGUAAAUACUAGAGAUGAUUUGUUGGGUACAGUAUUAAAUCAAAUGAUGAGAAUUUCAUUUGCCGGCUUUUUAAAUAUUUGUUAAUAGGCGAGGUUGAGUCCGAAUCGCACACUGCAAAGGCAUUAAAUUCCGAGCAAUUUAUUGUACAGAAGAAACGUAGGAGGUGGGAUAAGAGAAAAGAUAUGUAUAUAUCUUAUCACUAUUACAUAUGACUUUAUAAGUUUCAUGAACACGUUUUGUCUGUGUCCUAAUGGGAAUGUCACUCAAGAUCUGUUCUAGUUUGCAAUUUAAAAGAUAAUCACUGGGUUGAAAAGCUUUAUUUAUGAUUGCUAUUUUUCCAAGUAAACAAACGAAAACCUCACAGGUAACUGCAGACCGCAUUUGAAAACGCAAUUAUUUAGUAUCUAUAGUGUCUGAAAGUUAUACACCUCAUUUGUUUACAUCCUAUCCAGCUCAUAUUUCAGCACUGAUAAACCUGGUCUUACUAGAUGCUACCACACCAAGUUAUCAGUAUGGUAUGUUAUAUUUGUUCACUGAUCGACGGACUAGCUAUAUGAACAUGUAUUCCGGAAUGCGGGUUAUUGAAUAUAUGAAGAGUUAUUAAACAUGAAUUGCGUGACUGUAAGUUAUUUAUGUGUUAAGUAAUAAAUCGACGAC